UAAAUAAAUAUUAAAGUGUAUAUGAGGAUCAACCAAAAACUGUUUGGUGGACAUAUUUACGAGUACAGAACAUCGUCUGUAAAAAUGGAAAUUCCUAUGAAAAAGAAAAACGUGUUCAUUUCUUUGCUUCUGGUGGUUUUUUAUAUUCUGAUUCGGGAAUAUAUAUAUUACAGCCCGAUGCUUACGAAGCCACCUGAGAUUCUUGAGAAAAAGAUUAGUAUUAAAGAGGAGCAUCACGUUGAAUCCGUGUAUGUGAAAUCACAAAACGUACAGCAGGAGAAAACCACGCAGCAAUUAGGAAGGAUCUACACAAAAGAACCACACGUGUCACAUGAGAAAACAACACAGAAGUCCAGUAUAUCAAACCACUGUGUCGACAGUUAUGAUCUGGAUCCAAAGAAAUCAGCCGCAGCUUCUAUGUCAAAGAUAGUCUUGUUAGGAAAUGAAAGGAAAUUAUUUGAACUUAGAGACAACAUAACAGUGCGAAUAACGCUCAGUGAUGGGAAUGGUAAAGCCAAAUCAGUCGGUGGAGACCAGGUCAGAGUGUGGAUGGUAGAACCAGCCAAGAAAGCCAAUUCAACGGGAUACGUCACUGACCAUGGGAAUGGUACAUACACAGGUCAUUUGAAAGCAUUGUGGGUAGGAAGUCCUGUUAUAAGAUCUGCAAUAGCUAUCACGUGUGAAGGUAUUGGUGUCAGACAUCAUGCGUUGAAGGUGCCAGGAAAACUGAGAAUGGUUGUCGGUGUUUUCAAAUCUCAGAAAAUAGUGGAAGAAACCGAUUGUGGACCUAGUCUAAACUUCAAAGGAGAGUUCUGCAAUUUUACGGCUGAAAAUUUUGGUCUUCCGUGGUUCUGCGCUCGACCAAAAAACACUAAACUACUGUGCCAUGACUGGGUUAAAGUGCGUGGCGUUUAUCAGGUUACAUACACAGGACAGGAGACGGCAAUGAUGAAAGGACACAACCUUCUGAAGCCAGAGAUUAACAUAAAAGUCACCUCAAAAGAUAACAGAGAACUACAUGUAUCCCCUCCACCAGUCGCAUGCAACAGAUUCCCCAGCACAAAGACCUGGUCUUUAAAAUCCCCAGUUGGAUUUUUCUUUCAGGGCAAAUGGUUUUCUACGUACUGUUCAAGCACUAUUGAAGACUCUGUGGCUGUUUAUACAAAGUGUCUUCAAAACCGUCGUAUUCAGAUAAUAGGAGAUUCAACCUCGGAGCACUGGCUGAAGGUUCUAGAACAAAUGCUUCAUUUUCAACGAGUAGGUUCUUUCCGGCAUCACAGACCAAUAGUGACUGUACUGAAAUCAAAUAACAUAACAAUGUCCUGGUUCACGCAUGGAUAUCCUUUCUUGCAUCCACGCAUUGCCAAUAACAAAGCGUUCAGCAAACCUGUACAUGUGUAUUUAGAUAAAAUUCCAAAAGGAAGCAACGAUAUCGUCAUUUUCAAUUUGUAUGUUCAUUUUAAUGCAUAUACUCCGGACAUUCUGCAACGUCAGGCACACGCUCUGGUGAAUUCUGUUCACAGUGUGAAGAAGCGUUCUCCAAAUGUGACAAUCGCCUUCAAAGGAUUCCAUGCAUUUGGAGACACCAAAAUAUUUCUAGAUGAUUACUGGGCAUCCGUGUAUGAGCUAAUCAUUAAAAAAGAAUUUGCUUCAAUACUAGAUAAAGUUAUCUAUCUUAAUUGCUGGGAUAUAACUGUUUGUACUGAGAAUGAAAAUUUUCACAAUUCAAAUGAGAUUGACAAAGAAAUGGUGCACAUUGCAUUAAGUCAUAUAUGCAGAUAGACAUAAUUUUAAAUACUUUUUAUAUGUAAUAUUAUAUUGAUAUAAUCAAGGCAAGAUAAGACUUUAUUUCAGUUAUUCACAAAACGGACAGGCUAUAUCAUAUAUAUAUAUAUAUAUAUAUAUAUUAUGACACGGUGUAUAUACACUUUAUAUAGAACUUGGAUCACAUACAGAUUGAAAACGUUAGCCGUUGAAUUAUUUGUUUUUAUUUUAAUGUAUUUAAUAAAAUAUAAAACAAUACAAACAUCAAAACACAUAGUAAAAAUUGUCCAUGCACUUUUAAUUAUUCUCAAUAUCUUCUGGGGCCAUAAAAUAUCGCUAGAAAACAAUACAUAUGUACAAUCAAUAGGACUGGUCUCUAACGGUUAGAGAGCGUGAUAAUUAUCCAAAAUCCUAGAUCCGCCCCAUAAUCUAUAUCAGUAAUUGCUGAUGUAUCCAAACAAGUGCAGCUGGAGUCCCAUAUUGCAGGACCGUAGCUAGGAGUUUCGUGUUGGAGGGGGGGGGGGGGGGGGG